AUGGGUAAAGCUGAAGUCGGAUCCACUAAAUUUGUCGCCAACCGCAUGAAGGCCAAGGGUCUUCAGCGGUUGAGAUGGUACUGUCAGCCAUGCGAGAAACAAUGUAGAGACGCCAACGGAUUCAAGCAGCAUACAAUGAGCGAAAGCCAUGUGCGACAAAUGCUUCUCGUCGGCGAAGACCCCAAGAAAUACAUCAACGACUAUACCAAACAGUUCUUAAGCGACUUCCUUCUGCUUCUAAGGACUGGCCACGGAGAGAAACAGGUUCAUAUCAAUCGUUUCUAUCAAGAAUACAUUGCCAAUAAGGAGCACAUUCAUAUGAACAGUACUAAAUUCAGUUCACUCACCGAUCUCGCGAAGCACCUGGGCCGCGAAGGUAUUUGUCGAGUAGAAGAGACCGAGAAGGGCAUACAUAUAUCUUGGAUCGAUAAGUCACCAGAGGCCCUGCGACGACAAGAUGCAUUAAGGCGCAAGGAGGCGCAAGAUCAGGGCAACGAAGAGUUGGAACAGCGCAUGAUCCGAGAGCAAAUCAAACGAGCACAAGCCGCCGCUGGCACCAACGACGAAGAAAAAGAAGAAGAUCCUGAAGCCCGCGAGUUAAAACGCCAAGAGGGCGAGAAGAUCACGCUCUCAUUUGGAGCGAAGCCAGCCGCCCCCGAAACGAAGGCAUCGGAGAGUCCCGCGCCCGACACGUCUACACAAGAAGCAGAGUCUUCCAAGACGACAGAAACGACCACUGAAAAGGCAAAGGAACCUGAAACGGCACCAGCGAAGCCAAGCGGAUUUGGGGGUAUCUCGAUGAAGCUUGGUGGAAAGCCGCAAACCAAGAACGUCUUCGCUCAGGCCAAGAAGAACGCGCUCUCUUCAGGACCCAAGAAAGCCGCCAAAAUCGAACCACCCAAAAAGAUGAGCGAGGCCGAACGUAUUAUGAAGGAGGAGAUGGAAAAGAAGCGGUCCAGGGAGUCUGCUGGCUUUAGCUUCGGCAUGGGCUCCAAUAAGAAGCAGAAGAAUAACUAA